UUUAUAUCUCCGAGAGCCAUUCCCAAUUAGUUCUCAACUUUCUUCGGAGGAUUUUGCUCUCUCAAAUCUAUCUCAAGAUCAUUGCUAGCUUUUCGAAUUUUUAAUUCACAGAGAAGCUUCGUUGAAUCUUUGUUGGAUUCACAAAAUUUCAGUGGAUUCCUGAAGUAAUUCAACCAUUUACCUCGUUUUUUGGCCUCCACAGAUUGGAUCGAGAUAUCUGACUGCUGACCCAAAUUUCUGGUUUGAAAUAACUCUGUAAUCCACAGUUUUUGUAGAGAUGGAAGUUUCGGUGAUUGGAAGCUCACAGGUAAAUCUCACAAAGGUAAACGAUACUGGAUUCUGUAACUAUAGCAGGAGUUUGAAUGCUAAGAUCUGGAGAUUGAAGAACAGUAAUUCCAAGGGGUGCAAUUUUGUCCGAAAUCGAGGGUUAUCGUUUCCUUCACGAUCGGAAACUGGUUGUAGCCUUAGAGCAUCUGCCUCUGUGCAAACUGAAGCUCUAGUUUCUGAGAAAGCUUCAGAAAUGGCCACGACCAGACCUAUUGAUGGCGUGAAAUUAUACGUAGGUUUGCCACUAGACACAGUCUCCGCCUCCAAUACACUAAACCACGCCCGCGCCAUAGCUGCAGGGCUUAAGGCUUUGAAGUUAUUAGGCGUAGAUGGUGUCCAACUACCGUUGUGGUGGGGAAUAGCUGAACAGGAAGCUGCAGGGAAAUACAACUGGUCUGGCUACCGAUCUGUCGUCGAAAUGAUCCAAAACUUGAAUCUCGAGCUUCACAUCUCGCUGAAUUUCCAUGCUCCUGAUGAAGAAUAUGCAGUUUCUCUUCCACAAUGGAUUAAUCGAAUCGGUGAAUCCGAUCCGAGCAUUUUUUUCACAAAUCGAUCGGGACAGCAGUACAAAAACUGCCUCUCAUUGGCUGUGGAUGAUCUUCCAGUUUUAGAUGGGAAGACUCCACUCGAAGUCUACAAAUGCUUCUUCGAAAAUUUCAAGUCUGAAUUCUCACCAUUCUUCGGUUCAACAAUUAAGAGCUUGUCGAUCGGGCUAGGUCCAGACGGCGAGCUACGAUAUCCAUCGAACAACCAUCCAUCGCAAACCAACUCUCAUUUGAGCGCCGGAGAAUUCCAAUGCUACGACAAACACAUGCUCCUCAACCUGAAGAACCACGCCGAAUCACACAGUAACCCGUUAUGGGGUCUCGGAGGCCCUCACGACGCCCCGACCCACGACCAAUCUCCGCUCUCCGGAAACUUCUUCGCCGAACACGGUGGAUCUUGGGAGACCCCGUACGGCGAUUUCUUCCUUUCAUGGUAUUCCGGCGAGCUUGAACGCCACGGCGACCAGAUCUUGUCCCUCGCCGCCUCGACCUUUAGCGACUCUCCCGUCACAUUGGCUGGAAAACUCCCCCUCGAGCAUGCAUGGUCGAAUCUCCGAUCGCACCCGUCGGAGCUAACGUCGGGAUUCUACAACACAGCGAAUAGAGACGGUUACGACGACAUUGUCGAUAUUUUCGCGAGAAAUUCGUGCAGGAUGAUCCUCCCCGGAAUGGAGUUAUCCGACGAGGACUUUUCCGGCGAAUGUCGCUCCGGCCCCGGGUCGCUAUUUGAUCAAAUCGUGUCAUCUUGCGGGAGGCGCGGCGUCGGGGUGUCGGGACAGAAUUUGUCGCCGCCGCCGUCGUCGUCGUUGGCCGGAGGAGGAUUCCGGCGGAUUAAGGAGAAUUUGUUGAGUGAAAAUGGUGUGGUGGAUUUGUUCAUGUACCAAAGGAUGGGAGCUUAUUUCUUCUCGCCGGAGCAUUUUCCGGCGUUCACGCAGUUCGUCCGCAGCCUGAAUCAGGCGGCGGCCGCGGAGCAGAGCUCCGACGACUUGCCGGUGGAAGGUGCGGUGUCGAUCUCAUCGGCAGUCUCUGGUAUGAACUUACAAAUGCAGGCUACUGUGUAGUUUAGAAUAUAUUGUGUACAUUCGGCAUUGAGAACAAACAUAUUGAAUGUGCUUUUAUAUGUAUAAAUAAAUAUAUAUAUAUAUAUUAUAUAUUUAUGUAUGUUUAUAAUUAA